AUGAAUAGUAAUCAAUAUAAUUUUCAGCAAAUUACCGUUGCCUCACAAGUUGAUAUUAUUAAUAAUGUUCAGAAUGAACAAAGGAUCGAUCAGGAAGGAGAUAAUAGCAUUACUAAUGAUAAUGCAAGGCCUCUCUAUUCAUAUAUUUCAUUAAUCGGUCAGGCUAUUUUAACCUCUACUGAUAAGAAAUGUCAGCUAUAUGAAAUACGUAGAUGGAUCACCAACAAAUAUCCGUUCUAUAAGAUGGAAAAUAAAGGUUGGCAGCGAGGAAAAGGUUUUUGGGCAAUCCCUGAUGAAUAUCAGGCAUGUUUCGUCAACGGGGUUUACAACAACAAUAAGGCGAAAGAAAUCAAAGCCAGUGAAGAAAAUGCUUCCUUCUCCGGAUGUGGGGAAGCAAUAAACUCUUCAAGUAAUGAAACGGUUGAAAUCCAACGAUCGGAAAUUCCAGAACUGACACCUUCUUCUCAAGAAUUGGCAACACAAUUUAGCCCACAUAGUACGAUCCGUGGAAGCAUACAUAGACCUACAUCUCAACGAUCUGAAAUAACUUACAAUACUAUAAUGAGGUAUAUACAUGAAAUUUCGUACUUCAAUGCUACUGAAGCAAGCAAUAGUUCUUUAUCAGCUCCAUACGACUACGUUAAUAUGGCUGAGGUUGAGAUAAUAAAAACGGAAUUCUGA